AUGGCGUCGUCUGGAAAGGAUAAGAUUAACAUACUUGGUGACGCACAGGUCGAUCAGCUCGACAGGGACCUUCGCGAGUUUAGGAAAGAUCUGGGCGCUUUGGCCGAUAAACAGAUCGCGAAGCAGCACGACGCCGCGCGGCGCGAUUCGGCGACAGUGCGUACGACGCAAGAUAAGCUAAACGAAUUGAGGCAACUGGAGCAGGAUUUUUUGGCUGAGGAGCAGAGGAUUUUGAAACAGCAAGAGGAGCAGCAGGAUGACCUGGACCGGCAGUGUGAAGAGAUGGCAAGGCUGGGUCUGGACAAAGCAAUGCUGGCGCCCCAGCUGGAGAAGGCGAAAGAUUUUGUUGCAGAAUUGGAGGCGGACGUGCAGGCAGAGGAUGAAGGUGAGGGAGUGAUGGAACAGCGGCCUGGUGCAUUCUCUGCUUGGCAUUCUACAAAACCUCUCCACCCUCACUACUUUCCUCGUUCCCUUUCUCUUGAUGUUUCCUCUCGUGCCUCCCUCUUCUGA